UCUGUAUAUCGUAUAAUGCUGGUGGGAUCGAUUGUUCUUAAAAUCGUGGAGGUAUCAGGGCUAAGGUGCUCCCACGUAGACUGGAGGAGAACGUUGCGGAGAGAGUCGAACAACAUUGUUCCUCUUCUUCAUUAUAGGCUCGUGUUCGGCUUUUCUAUGAUGUAUUUGCUUUUCAUCCACUUUUAUCGCUGGUUAAUACUCACCAAAUACUGCUUGGAUAUCACUGGACCUAUGAUGGUAGCCGUCCAAAAGGUGCGCGUUUCUAAAAUCUUUGUUGGCUCUUUUUCUUUCCAGUUCACGCACGAAAUUCCGUCAUUACUGGAUUACAUGUCGUACAUAUUCAAUUUUCAGGUAGUGAAUAUUUUCAAAAGCUACAUUUAG